AUGGACACAACAAAGAACGUCGGGUCCGCAUCAUCAAGUCCAGACUUACGGGAAAUCAGCCGCAAUGGACUUGAUGCACCUUCGAACAAGUCUCGUCAUUUCAAAACAUCAAAGUCUUCAAGAAAAGCGUCUUCUGUUUCUCCAACCAUUCCUAGAACCACAUUCAAUGCCAUCAUUGAUAAUGGAGUAAAAUGCAACAGCGCGAUCGACUCCAAUUCUUCGCAGCAUGGCCUCCGAAUUCAAUCCGAUUUUUUUUCGCCCUCAAUUUUGGGAACACCACAUCAAAAGCAGGAAAUCCCAUGUCUCGAUGAAACUCCAUCCGCCACUAUAGAAGAGUUGACGCAAGGGGUCGGGCUUGGGAUCCCAGAUUGGCGUAUGGUUCCUGCCAUCAUCAAAGCUGAGAUUUCAGACCUGGUGAGACAUGACCUCGAGAUCGUUGCGGGUCUAAUACACACUAAUCAUCUGCGACCUCAGGAUAUUCCCUACUAUCCUGAUCGUCACGAUCCUAGUCCCACUCCAGGAGCUGCUCUGGCCCCAAUCACUGGUAAUGGCCUGCCACCGGAAUCCGCUCUGCCUCCACCGGCCGUGCCCUUCGAACCCAGCGAAGUUAUGGACCGCGGAGAUCAGAUGUAUACAAAAGCGGUGAAAGAAGGACUGCUUCCUGUAUCUCCAACACAAGAGGAUCCUCUACUCGAUCCUUUCGAAGAUCGUCUAUACAUGUCUUUCAAGACCAACCCCCAGACUCAUAGACAAUUCCUACCCAAAGGACAACUGAACAGUCUCAUACGCAAGCAACCUGUCAUCCAAGAGCUCAAGAGGAAAGUUCCCGGGGUCCGAAGGAGUUCCUAUGAGCGACUCGCAAGCACGAUUUGUGAUAACCACAAUCCAGCAAAGGAAAAUCCCAAUCCACCAAGCAAGUCGUACCAAAAAGUCUUUGCUAUACUAGUGUUGAUUGAUAUGGUGCCAUCUAUUCAAGGCUUUAUAGAUGAGGGCAUCUGCGAUCAAGAUCUUCCCCUUGUCAAAGCUGCCGAAAAUGGCGGGCUUUUCGAACUUCGAGUCGGAGCAAGACGCAACUAUCGAUUGAAAACAUUCUUGUCAUGGACUAGAGUGAGCAUCAGAAACUUCGAGGAGUACCAAUGGACCAUACUGCCGCCAUUCUUCACCAAAGGUAAAAGAAAGAACGUCAAACACUAUGUUCUUGCGCCUCAUAUUGUUCUUCCAUUCACCUCGACCAGUAAUCACGACGAUAUUGGAGCUGCUGAGAUGCAUGGGGGUGGCUUCAGUCGAGUUUUCAAAGCUGAGAUUCACCCUGACCACCAUGACUUCAGCAAUUCAGCUUCAGAACCAAGUCCACAGGUGCGGCCAAACACUUUCGCAGUGAAAUGUCUCAACUCGCCGAGUAAGGAAUUGUUUCAAAAGGAAGUCCAAGUGUUGAAAAAGUUCAGCGGAGACUCGCAUCCUCACUUGAUCUCACUCUUAGCAACGUACGAGCAAUCAGGACACUUCUACCUGAUCUUCCCUUGGGCUGAGGCCGAUUUGAUGAAGUACUGGAAAGAGCUGAAUCCACGGCCCAUUUUAAGCUUCGGGACAAUAUCUUGGAUGGCAGAGCAAUGUCAAGGCAUCGCGGAUGGCCUGGUACGGCUUCACCAAUACGACUCCGACUUGCAAGAAAAGGCGUCCCAGUCCACUGGUCUUUUAUUAACACCACUGGAUGCUCUCAACAGAGACCACGAAAGCUCUAAGCGACGCUAUGGCCGGCACGGAGAUAUAAAGCCUGAGAACAUACUCUGGUUCCACGAAACAUUGGAAUCGAUUGACCAAGGUAUCUUGAGGCUCACUGACUUCGGUCUAGCCGAGUUACAUAGCCGACUCAGUCGGUCGAACCAGCACGGAAGCCAGAUGGCCAAUUCUCCGACAUAUAGACCACCUGAAUGCGACCUUCGUCGGCGUAUCAUCAGACAGUCGUGCGACAUAUGGUCACUUGGUUGUGUGUUUCUCGAGUUCAUUACCUGGUCGCUCGGCGGCAAAGACUUGCUACUUGAGUUUGCCGAGCUACGAUUUUCGCCAGAUCCAUGGUUAUCAGGAAUUGAUUCGGAUACCUUCUUCACAAUCAAUACUUCAGAAGCAAAAGAUUCGUCAACGGCCUCGGUGAAGCCAGCUGUGGUCCGUUUCGUGGACAGACUGCAUUCUCACCCUGCCUGUAGCGAGUACCUGCACCAUUUUUUGAAUAUGAUUAUGUUCGGAAUGUUAGUGAUUGAGUCGGAAGAUCCGAGGAGCGGUGACAGACGUAUUACCUGCAUUGAGGUCCUACAAAGGCUGUCUAUGUGGCGAGAUAUGUGUGUUGCGUCUUCAAGAUUUUGUUCAGAGCCGGCUCAGAGACCUUUGGAUGAUCAAAGCUGGAACUCUCAUUUCCCUCUGCGCUCUCCUCUCAGAGUGAGUCAAUUGGAAGACCAUGCCGGACAUUCGAGUAGAGCCAAGGGCGGGGUCAAGGCCCAUCAGAAGCGAUCGGGCAUAAGGAGAGGUUCUGGGCCCUGA